AUGGAUAUAUUCGGCCGUUGCAACGGCGGCGGCAGCGGAAGCACGGUAGCCGGAAACGGUGCUGGCUCAGUAAGGACGUCCAGUAACGAAUCCGUGGGUGGUGGCGGCACGUCGAGCGGUACCAGCGAGAGCGGCAGUAGUGCAAGCGGCAGGAUGCAGUUGACAGGAGCGUCGGCUCCUGGCGCGGCCGCCUCGCCGGAGUCGGGCGUCUCUCCGUUGACUGACGCCUAUACCAAGAUGACCAGUGAUAUCCUCGCUGAGAGAACUCUGGGUGACUUUGUCAGCGAACAUCCCGGCGAGCUAGUUAGAACAGGCUCGCCGCAUUUGGUCUGUACCGUUCUGCCCGCACACUGGAGGUCCAAUAAAACUCUUCCGGUGGCUUUCAAGGUCGUAGCUCUCGGCGAGGUAGGCGACGGUACUUUGGUAACUGUUCGCGCUGGCAAUGAUGAGAAUUGCUGCGCCGAGCUUAGAAAUUCGACGGCUCUGAUGAAGAAUCAAGUCGCCAAGUUUAACGACUUGAGGUUCGUCGGCAGAAGUGGAAGAGGCAAGAGUUUCACCUUAACGAUAACGGUGUCGACGACGCCGCCUCAAGUCGCCACUUACACCAAGGCGAUUAAGGUGACAGUAGAUGGGCCGCGCGAGCCGCGAUCCAAGACCAGUGAGUAUCACUGGCAGCAACAACAGUUUCAUGCCUUUGCAUUCGCCUCGCAACGAGGCGGUCCAUUCUUCGCCUCGCCCCUGGUGGAUCCGUUGCAACCUCUGCCAAAUCCGUUGCAACCGUUACCGAAUCCGCUCCAGCCGAGGGAUCCGUUGUCUUCUUUUAGACACGCGAUGCCUGGUAAUUGUCAGAAUAUGUCCCAGUUUGGCCUGACAGCGAGCAAUUCUUGGGGAUACGGUAGCACAGCCGGCUACGCCGGCUACCUUCCGGGUCCCCUUUCGUCGUGCGCUGCACAGGCCUCGUUUCCACCCCCGCCGCCACCCCCUCCGCCACCGCCGCCGACGUCCACGCUGGCGUCUUUCGCCGGUACGGCCUCCAUGACUACGCCGACUGCACCGGACUCGACGGCGGGUUCGACUGUCACAUCCGCCACCGGUAAUACCGGCACCACGUCACAGCAGGACGCUUUUUCCGCGGUCUCCUCUCUCGUACCGGACACCACGACACCAGGUCAGUCCGAUCCGUUGGAUCCAUUGAGCGGCCUCAUGUCCGGUGGCUCUUCCAGCCAGAGAUAUCAAGACUACGUGUCGCCCAGAUCACUGUCCACUGACUCGAGCACAACCGAGAGCCCGGUGCACGAGGAACAGGGCUUUGGACAGAAUUACGGCAACUACUUUCCAACGCCCGGUGUGCUGCCCAGCAUCCUCUACUCUCAGCUCUACGGGAAUCAGUUCCAGAAUCCCGAGAGCGCCGAACAGAGAGCCGUCGCGGAUAGUUGCAGCGUAAGGCAAGAGGAAGUCAGACCGGAUAACAACGUCUGGAGACCAUACUGAGAGGCAGAAGCGAGUGAUUUCUUAUCUAACAAUUCGACUAUCGAGAAAUGUGGUAACUCCUGGAAGACAAGAGGGAAGUAACGCUUAACUGAUCGCUCUUGAGGCUAUCGGCUAUUGUGACAUCGAAUUGUAAUGUGACGUGGUGAUUCUUUGAGAACUAUCCAAGUGUCGAGGACGAUUCUCGAUGGCGAAUUAGCACUAGUGGGCAUUAAAACUUGAUUCGAAAAGAACUCGGGGAACAAGUCCGUUCGUCGAGGUACGUUUCUUCUGGAAAGCUUUGGGAAAUAAAAAAAAAUUGUUUUACCGGUUGUGUGUGUCUCACGCCAAUGAAUUUUAGGGGUGCAAAUGAGCGAAGGGAGAUUUGUAAUUAAGUGAGAACGAAUUGCGUACGAAAGAGCGAGCGCGGGUGUGAAAGUGAUGAUGACGAUUACAAUAAUGAUAUCCGCAAGAUGUAUAUACGUGUACAUAAAGCUAGAACA